UUGCAUCAUCAUCAGGAGACCGGUUCAGUGUAUCGUGGAAUCAAAACAAUUUUUUUUAGUUGCAGGAAAAGGGAGGAGGAGCUAGAUAAAUAAUAGCUACAUGACACAGGAACUUUUGCCAGAAAACGGUGAGAGCUCAUCAGCUUCUCAUCUCCUUUUCUUUGUCUGAUUAUGGAGACCCUGGAAGAAGCUGAAGUCUGCUUUCCACAGCUAUUCAACAUCUCCUGCAGGAAGCCAGUGCAGCAACAUGCAGAGACCAUAUACCUUUACAUCCUGCUCUAUUGCAUCUCUUUGCUCACUGGGGCUCUCAACCUGCUGGUCAUCAUCUCUAUCUUCCACUUCAGGCAACUCCACACACCCACCAACCUCCUCCUCCUCUCGCUGGCUGUCUCAGACUUCCUCGUUGGCCUCCUGUUGAUGCCGAUUCAAAUCCUCUUGAUAGGGGGAUGCUGGUUUUGGGGGAGCUUGAUAUGUGGACUGUUUUACUAUGCCUCUUUUAUCCUUACCUCUGCCUCAGUAGGAAACAUGGUGCUCAUAUCAGUCGAUCGAUACGUAGCCAUUUGUGACCCUUUAUGUUAUCCCACUAAAGUCACUCAGAAAAGAAUUAAAAUCUGUGUUUGUUUGUGCUGGGGCUGUUCUGUGUUCUAUAAUGGUGUGAUACUGAUGGACUUCCUGACACAACCAGAUAAAUAUAAUUCCUGUUACGGAGAGUGUGUAGUUGUUAUUAAUUUCAUAACUGGAGCUGUUGAUGUCAUGUUGACCUUUGUUGGCCCCAUUGCUGUCAUCAUAAUUCUGUACAUGAGAGUAUUUGUGGUGGCUGUGUCUCAGGCUCGAGCCAUGAGGUCUCAUGUUGCAGGAGUUACACUGCAGGGUUCAGUUAGUGUGACUGCUAAGAAGUCUGAGAGAAAAGCAGCCAAAACUCUUGGUAUUAUUGUUGUUGUAUUUCUGAUAUGCUUCUGUCCUUAUUUUUAUCCGUCUAUUGUAAGCCAGGAUGUGUCAGGCAGUGUGGAAUUUUCAGUUUUUGGGGUCUGGCUACUUUAUUGUAAUUCCUGUCUCAAUCCAGUGGUCUAUGCCUUUUUCUACCCCUGGUUUAGGAGAUCUGUGAAACUCAUUGUUACACUUCAGAUUCUGCAGCCUGACUCCUGUGACACCAAGAUACUGUAGACAUGUCAAUUUAGUGCUUAGGGAACAAGGACAAGGACAAGGACAAAAAGCAAACUUGGCAAAAAUGUAUGCUCUUUAUUAAGCUGUGUUUUAGUACAGAACCUUGGUCAGAAUAUUUUAGCAGGUAAAGAAAAAAAGAACAGAUUCUAUCAGCAUGUUGUUACUAACAUGUUUUUCAUGACCAUCAGUUUUUCAUGAAAGUAAAAACUUUGUUCAUGGGUUUGGGUCACAAAAUUCAACAACUACAUAUGACUUGGAAAAGAAAAAUAUUAAUUUAAAUAAAAAUAAAAUACCCUGAACUUGUUUGUCUGUGAUAACUGGUAUGUAUGUAUGAGUAUGUGACCCUACAUGAAUAAAAGUUGAACUGUUUUCUCUUCCUGUCGGUGGGUUUGCCUGCAGAGUUUUCAAAUAUAUACAACCUCUCUGCUCGUCAUAGCCGCUUUUGUUGAUGCUGCAUAACAUAAAACUGGAGGUGCUUUUCUAAUCCUCUUUUACAUAUACUAUAGUCAAUGAAAAACAGUGGAAAGACAAUGUAUUUCAUGGUUUACCUUAGCAGUUUGAGUUUUGUAAAUAUUUUAUUCUGAAUCUGAUGGAAGAAUCACAUUUCAAACAAGAACAAUGGACAAAAAGUAAACUUUGUAAAAGUGUGUGCUCUUUAUGAAGCUGUGUUUUAGUACACAGCACAGAACUUUGGUCAGAAUAUUUUAACAGGUAAAAAAAGCACAUUCUGUUUUCCGAGUAUGUGAUCCUCCAUGAAUAAAAGGUGAACUGUUGGUGGAUUUGUUGGCAUGUUCUUUAAUUAUAUUCAGCCCCAGCAUAAAACAUAAAAGAGAAGGUAAUUUGCUAAUCCUCUUUUACAUAUAUUCAAGAAGGACAUUGUAAUUUAUAACUUACCUCAUCAACUUUGUUACAACGACUUUUGUAACUACUUUAUUCUGAACCUGAUGGCAGCAAUAAGUUUCAAAGAAGUUGGAAUAGGGGGCCCAAAAGCUGAAGGACCACAUUCCACACAUAAACAGGACUAUUUGUGACAUCUGAUAACAUGGUGGUUACAUGACACACGAUUGCUUAAAGGAUAUUACUACAUAGGCAUGCAUUCUGUUUUUAAUUCCCGUUUUACAGACAUGCUAACUUUUUUGGAAUCAGGGUUUUAUUUUUCUGAGACUAUAAUUUCUAAUAAUUACUUUGUCACAUCAAUGAGCAAAUAAAGAAACUAGACAAUGUGCUUAUGAUGUUAUGUAAAG